AUGUCCAAAUUAGACCCAGAAAAACAACUGUCUGAAGUCUGUGUGGAUCUAAACCCAAACGAGCCUGCAGAGAUAGAACAGCCGUGCAUCUCCUGCGGUGGCCCGGGGGUGCUCAGGCUGCUUAUUGUCCCGGAUAUGUUCUUCCCGGACGCCCUGGUGAGCACUUUCACGUGCAAAUCGUGCUCCUUCAGAAAUAAGCAAAUGGAUGAAAUGGACACAUCAUUGAAUGGCGUGCGCAUCACGUGCUCGCUGGACAAGACGGAAGAUCUAAGAAGAUACCUGAUAGUGCCUGCGCGCGCUAAGAUACGGCUGGACUCUGGGGAGCGAGGCGUAUCGUACGUGCAGACUGAAGACACAGUGACAACAGUUGAGGCGCUGCUUCGGGGAAUAUUUGAAAAACUAAUUUCCAUGGGGAGCAUGCCAGAGGACAAGCUCACAGAAGAAGAGCUCGCAGGUCUUGGGGAGUAUUCUGAUAUUGCGGUGUUUUUGCAGAAAUCAAUGGAUGAUCUUGACAUCGUGCUGAGCAUAGAAGACGACAAGGGCGUGGCAAGGGUUAUGCCGCUGGGGGCAAACAUGCAGCACACGACAAAGGGCGUGGGGUUGGAGUACUACAGAGACGGCGUGGUAGAGAUAGAAGAGUACGAAGUGAAGAAAGUUGGCGAAACACCUGAGCACGCCAGCGAAGAAGAUCGUGAAGUAGACAUAUGA